AUCUCGUCAUAGCAACAUCAUAUUUGGCCAUCCAUUCAAUCAUCAUGUGGAUAUAUUCCUACCAACUGUUGUUUCUUCAGAGAACAUAAAUCUAUGGAAAACGGGCGAGAUAUUUUAUUAUAAAGUCAAUUUGCCAUUAUCAUAUUUUAUCGACGAAUCGUUUAUUAACGAGUAUAUUAACAAAGGUCAGGUCAUUGCAUUAAGCUUGACUGAAGGAAUAGAUAUCUCAGACGUGUUCUCUAUCGACGGGAAUGGCAAACUGACAUUAAACGUCACAAAAGAUACGUAUGAAUCACUUGGACUUGCGGGAAAGGCAGCUAAAUUUGGAUCCAAAAAUCAAAGAUUUGUGAUUGAGCUCCAAUUAUCGGCCAAGGCAAUGAGUUCAGGCAAGAAAUUUUACGAAAGGAUAAAAUGGUGCUUUGAACACACUCUUGUUGAUUCAUUUCCAUUUGUAAUAAUGUAUAUCAAUGCAACAACCAAGAAGCCAUCCGAAAUAAAGUUUCCGUCAGCAUUCAAGUCCCAGAAAUUCACUGCACAAUCGUCAUUACAAUCAAUGUCGAAUAUAUUGAUGCCUGACAUUAGUUUGAUAAAGAAUCCAACAAAUGGUUACUGGAAAUACAGAGCGAUCGAGGUGUAUGAUUGGAUUGGAAUGGCAUCAUUACAAGCGGAUAGAAUUAACUCCAAUGACAAUGUGGAUUCAUAUGUCUCGCUCUAUAAACCUCCUGAUCCAUAUUAUUCUGGCAAUGGUGAUCUGGUAAAGUCGAUGGACAUUCCGUGGGCAGCUUUGACAGUAUGUGGGUUUGCAGAUUCACCCAUGUCAUGGACUAAACAAGAGCAUGGCUUUUUAAUGAGUGGAGAGAAUAACUAUACUUUUAUUGUCUGGAAUGAUGGUACCUACGUUCUCUAUGAAGCUAAUCAACAGUACAAAUACCAAAAACAUCAACACCAACGGAACCAACAUGCUACCAUAUCGGAGACAGACAAUAUCGACAGGAAUCAAAUUAUUGGCUCAAUUGUUGACCCUUCACAGAUCCAAAGGAAUACCAUUUGGUCAGGCGAGGAUAUGGAAGCGUUUAUUUCGAGUUGGUCCGAGAUACCUGGCAGAGAAGAGAUACGAGAAGGUGAAGUCGAGAGCAAAGGCGAAAGGUUGAACGACUUAUUGAUGAGCUCAAUGGAUUGGGAUACGUCCACACCAUUUCAAAAUCCGUUGGCAAUACCAGUUGAAAUGGUUCUGGAAAUACCGUUGGAAAUAGGGUUUGACAUAUUGACAUACUGUUGA